CUGAACCUAGGGCAGGCCGGGGUUCAGGGGCUAAGACCCUUGGACGGUGCUUAGUGCCCCUCUAAAGGCUGAAGUUUUCCCUGGGCUUGACGGGAGAUGGGUGGAGUCUAUUCUCAGGCCGGCUCCAGUUUCCAUGGAAACCUACAGGCUUCCCACCCCGGCGCUGCCUGGGCAGACUCCCAGCCAGGGCCUCUUUCGCCGCCAGCCAGCCAGCCAGCCAGCCAGCCUCUUCCCAGGACCACGGGCCGCUCUAGCCUUGGCUUCUCCUGGCCCCUCCCUGUGUCUGUUCCUGUCCCUGAGCCUCUGGCCCCUGAUGCUUUCAGGAGCCCGGGCCUCUCCUGCUCCACUCUUAAACCUCAGCUUCUCAGCAAACAGGCCUCCCAAGUCCCUGCUUCUCCCUCUGGGGCCUUGCUACUCUCACCAGCUCUAGGGCCUGGUCAGACUUCCCAGGCCCCCUCCUUCACCCCUAACCCUUCUCACCCAUGGAUCCCCCGGGACUGGUCGUGCAUGGGAAAGCUGAACCCUUUUCCGCAGCACUCCGAAGCCUCGUCAACAACCCGCAAUACAGUGAUGUUCGCUUCGUGGUCGGUCAAGAACAGCAGGAGAUAUUUGCCCAUCGGUGCUUGUUGGCCUGUAGAUGCAACUUCUUCCAGCGACUUCUGGGCACAGAGCCAGGCCCUGGGGUGCCUAGUCCUGUGGUGCUAAGCACUGUGCCAACUGAGGCCUUCCUGGCAGUGCUGGAGUUCCUGUAUACCAACAGUGUCAAGUUGCACCGCCACUCUGUGCUGGAAGUGCUGACAGCGGCUGUGGAGUAUGGGCUGGAGGAACUGAGAGAGCUGUGCCUGCAGUUUUUGGUGAAGGUGCUGGAUGUGGAGUUGGUUUGUGAAGCCCUGCAGGUGGCCGUAACCUUUGGCCUGGGGCCGCUGCGGGAGCAUUGCGUGGCUUUCAUAGAGGCCCACAGCCAGGAGGCCCUCCGGACCCGAGGCUUCCUGGAGCUGUCGGCGGCCGCGCUGCUGCUCCUGCUACGCAGCGACAAGCUCUGUGUGGACGAGGCCGAACUGGUCCGCGCGGCCCGGAGCUGGGCGCGCGUGGGCGCAGCGGUGCUGGAGCGGCCGGUGGCCGAGGUGGCGGCCCCCGUGGUGAAAGAGCUGAGACUAGCCUUGCUGGCCCCGGUGGAGCUGAGCGCCCUCGAAGAGCAGAACCGGCAGGAGCCCCUCAUCCCGGUGGAGCAGAUCGUGGAGGCGUGGAAGUGCCACGCCCUGCGGAGAGGGGAUGAGGCCCGGGGCACCCCAUGUCGCCGCCGGAAAGGCACCCUGCCCCGGGAGCAUCACCGCUUUCUGGACCUGGGUUUCAAAUGAGCCAGUGUCGGGACUCGCGGGGGGAGCCCUGGGCCCGCCCAGCUGAGCCUGCCCCAAACUACAACUCCCGACGUGCUCGGCGUUCCGGAUCGCCCUUCCGUUCCCGGCGUGCUCAGCGGGCUGGGAGCCGGAAGGACCGUUGUCUGCCACGCAUAGACCUUUGUGACGGGUCGAGCCGGUGUGGGCGAGGUGGGGCCGGGCAGGGCUUGGGCUGAGCCUCUCUGCGGUGGCGAAACUCGAAAACGCAGAUUUCUUUCGCUCGACGCCCUCACUCUACGCCCUGUCUCUGGGCAUUGUCGCCCAGCAGUCUAUUCUGAUGACUCACAUUAUCUAUCUGUUCAGCUCAACUCCCUCUUUCAUUCCAGACCUGCCUCCUGGAGAUCACUACCUGAAUGUCCCUCAGACACCAAAGGCUCCUUGCGAAAUUGGUCUCCCCAGCUUUCCCCAGCUCUGCCCCCAUCGUGUUUUUCACUUCCGUGGGCGCCCACGCCAGAAACCUGGAUCUCAUCCUUGCCUAUUCCUCUUCCUCACACCUGCCUCAGGUCGCUUUUACCUUGUAAGAGACCUUUGCAGUUGGUUUCGUUCUCUCAGCCCCAGGUUCAGCCUGUCCUGUCUGACACGUCUCAGUCUUCCUGCCUUCACUCCAGCACCCCCUCAAUCCAUUUCUCACAGUGCAGCCAGACCUGUCUAUGAUGGUCAGUCCUAUGGCCCUUAAGUCCUGGAAUAUCCCAUUGACCUUCUGGACAAAAUUCAAUCUAUUUCACUUUCAAGGCACAACUUAGUAAGUGGUUCCUAAAUACUAGCAACUCUUCUUUCAAAUACGAUCUUUGCAUAACUUCCCUCAUCCUGGAGGUAUUAGUCCUCUAGCUCCCUAUUUACUUAGUUAUUGCAGACCCUCUGCUAUCUCCUUCGUUCACCAUACAUCUUGUUUUCCUGAGGUUGGAAAUCUCCCUGGAGAAAGAUCCCUGGGGAUUGGAGUGACGUCUUACUCAUUUCUGCUUCCGCAGUCUCUGUCAGAUAAUCAGCACUCUGUAAAUGUUAAGUAAAUGACUUUGUUUCCUUAU